AUGGAUAAUACUAUUAAAAUAGAUGAAACCUUUUCAUUUACAGGAGUUGGUACUAUAUUUGAUUAUGCCAAUUCACUAGUCACCACAAAUGACUUUGGUAUUGACCAAACAUUAAAAUUAAAGAAUCCACCUGAUCCUGUCAUUUUACUUGACUUACCAUUCCAUGAGAUUGAAGAUGAUCCUUAUUAUAAUCUAGGAUUCAAACCAUUUGCAAUCUAUGCCAAAUACUUGAAAUCCGUUACAACUCUUACUAGACAAACAUUUAAAUUCCCAAAAUACAGAGGAUCAACAGUUGCUUUUGAUAAUGAUAAAAUUAAACAUGUUGCAAGGUAUGAAUCUAAAUUUGAUAUUCAAACCAAAUACAACUAUACUGAAAGUACAUUGACUAAUCCAGCAGUAUUGGAAUGGGAGGCACAAGUUGACCCUGGAAAGUAUACAGCAUGGCAAACAGUCAUGAUAUAUGCUCUCAGAGGUGACCUUGGAUUUGAUGAAGACAAAAAGAAAGAGAAGAAGAAGAGUGAUGAAAGAAAAGAAGAAAAGGAAGGUACUAUUGGUGGUAGUCUAUUACCUCCUGUCAUCUAUAAAGGAAACCACUCUUAUCAUCUAUUUGCUGUUUAUAGAGAUGAUUGUUAUUUGAUAAAGAAUAAAGAACAAAUCUAUAAACCACCUGAAUUUAAUGUAUUUGUUGAAAGCAUCUUUGAUCGAGGAUUUACUCGUUGUAUAGACCUCGAUUUUAAACCAUAG